AUUCGUACAAUAAAAGUUAUUAUUAUAACAGUAAGAAAACAUUACAAAACAACUCAAAUAAGGACUUCAAAAGAAAUAAUCUUUAAAAAUGAUUACCGUGGAGAAGUUUUUUUGCUUUCUUGAACUAAAAUGGGGAAUGCUAGCUAUUGGCAUUAUUCAAAUUAUUUUAACUCUUCUGUCUGCCUUCCUUAUGCCAUAUGGAUAUGAGGUAUUUGCGUUUGUUCAGUUCGCUGUUUUGAUACUCUUUUUUAUUUCGUGCAUACUUUUAAUUGUUGCAGCCUUUGUGCCAAAAAAGCCAUUGGUGCUUUGUUAUUUGAUAAUGGCGGCUCUUCUAAUCCUAGUGGCGAUUAUCACUAUUAUAAUUAUGGUGUGCUUGGGACACCAUUAUGUCUUGUCAUAUGUAUUAAGUGUCAUCGUCAUAAUUCUGGGAAUUUACUUUUGGAUCUGUGCAUACUCUUAUUAUCAACAAAUUUAAGUCUUCCAUAAUCAACGAAAAAUCGGUAUUAGUGAUAUAUUUUUACUUUUGAUAUGUGUUCCACACAGUGCAACACUCAAAAUUCUAAACUAUACUAUUAUUCGCUGUGAUCGAUAUUCUAAUAUGUGUUGUAGGACUUAACGACACAGAAAGUAAUUAAUUUUUUCCUAAAGAACUUUAAAAUUUGAAAAUGCCAAAAUAAAAGAUGAUCAUCAUUCACAGAACUAGACAACGAAGCUUGGUAUUAUUGUAUGCUUUCAGCUUAUAGUUCCCAUAUUACGGGCUGCAGCCUGCUAAUCAUUGCGGUUUUUCUG